CGGGGUGAGUUCUGGGUCUUCGACGGCAAAGUCAUGCACCGGCUGCACGAUCCACCGUUUCCCAGGCUUCCCGCGUUCUUUGGGUACCCGCUCCGGUAUCGAUCUCCGCCAGAGAAAUCCCUUGAGGAGUCGUUGAGCAUACUCCAGCUCCCCGACAUGAUAUUGCGUCUCGAUCCCCGCGCUGGAAAUUGCCCAAUCAUCCUUCAAGUCACCAAUCUCGCCGGUUAGCGCAUCUUUGUGGCCGAAGAAUAUUGAGUCGGGGGUGAGGGUUGAUUUGCGGCCGGGGAGGAGGGCUCGUUUGAGGCGGGGCGUUUUGGUUGGUGGUCGUUGUUGGGGUUUUUCUGGGAUGAUUUGUGCUGUACCGACUUCCGGUCGUCCCUCGCCUUCGGGGGAUGUAGGGUUUGUGUCGAUAUUUUGCAUGUCUUCAUUAUCGAAUGCUUCUAUCACCUGGCCCAAAUCAUCCAUAGAUAGAUCUCCAUCACCGUGCGCUGCCCUUUCCAGAACCGGUGACCCCACAAUUUGUGCCCGCGCCGCAACAGGUAUACUCAUCGCCAAAGGCGCAUCAUCAAACGGAUGCCGUCCCCCCGAAGAAUACGGCCACCCCACCCCUACCGGCGUCUUCACCUCCCCUCCCAACACCUCCAUCCCCAUCUGUGCCGGCGUCUCCAUAACAGAACCCAGCGUCCCAAACAACUGCACCCCCCUCGACUGCCUCCUCACCUGCCACCCCCUCCACCCCACACUCCCCUCCCUCAACUCCUCAAUCGCGUCCAACAACCUCUGUCGCUGCCCCAGACUUCGUAAUCCCAAAUCAUCCCUCAACGUGCCGUUAUCUAGCCGUAGAAAGACGCGGCCAUCAACGUCGUUGGAGGCGAGGGCUUGGGUGAAUGCGGGAUCUGCGGCUGAGGUUGGGAAGGUCUCGCGGACCCAGUGUUGAACCUGGGAGAGGGUCCAGGUCCAGGGGUCGGUUGGGAGAGACGACUGCGCUUGAGCAGCAGCUGGUGACUCAUUAUGGUGAUUGGCCAUGGUAUGCGAAUGAAUGCUACCGCAAUUGCAACGCGAGAGUUUAGAGCAUCGUUUCUGACGCGUUGCCGAGGACUGGGGAGCGGUCAGUUGCGGGUCCGGCGUGUUAUAUUGCCCUCAAUAGAUAUAACAGCUGUAGUCUCAACAACGGUUACGUCUCUUACGACGCAGUUGAAUGGACCCUCUCUCCAAAUCCGGCGGC